CAAAGUUACAUCAAGCUGCGACGCAAACAUUUUUCUAUCUAAAUAGUACCCGGUCAAAAAGCAUCAAACGGAGAUAGAUGGCAUAAUGGUUGAUAGGUUGGAUUCCUACUUGACAGAGGACAAAAAGUUCAUGGACUCAUAAAGGAUUAGGGUCUCGACGGGAAGCUACAAGUGGAGGUGGUCCUUAUCAAAGGUUUCAACAUUGUCAGAGUGGGGCAAGCGCGGGCUGCGCACUCCGCGUUCUACCGCAGUUGACGACGCAGCGCACGCGCCGUUCCAAUUUAAAAAUAUGUUUCAUUCGGUAUUGAGGUGAAGAAAUUUUUUUUGUGACAGUGACUUAGUGUUAUCAAGGAUUUUAGUUUUCCAAAUCGAUACAUCUCUCCAUCAAGAUGGGUUGCAAGCUAACAUUUGUCGAUGACAUCUUAAACCGGUCGUUCUAUAAGCUUGGUCUGGUCGUCGGCAAGCAGCCGGGGUACUUCAUCAUCAUACCAGUUCUCUUAACCUUGCUCAUGGUCACUGGCUACCAGCGGGUGCACUACGAAAUGGAUCCAGAAUACCUUUUCUCCCCAGUCAGCGGUCAAGGGAAAUUGGAAAGGAGUAUCGUUGAAGAACAUUUCAAAGUAAAUUACUCCCAUAGAUUCAAUGUUGGCAGAGUAACAAGAGCAGGCAGGUUCGGGCGAGUGAUCAUCAUCGCGAAGGACAAUCAAACCAACCUGCUGCGGACAGAAGUUUGGAAGGAAUUGAGACAACUGGAUGAAUAUGUUCAGAAUAUAACCGUGACUUUGGAAGACGGUGAAACAUUCACGUAUAAAGAGGAAUGCGCGCGAUGGGAAGGACAAUGCUUCGUCAACGAUAUUCUAAAUUUGGAUAAGAUUAUUGGAGAGGUUGAACGGGGCGAACUGAACUUGACGUUUCCGAUAAUGUUCAAUCCUGUCACGUGGGAGGCUCACGCUUUUCCUGUUUAUUUCGGCGGUUCAACUGUGGUAGAUGACACUAUAGUAUCGGUGCCCGCCGUUCAGCUUGUAUGGUUCAUCAGGACUGACACUAAACUGCAGCAGCAACGAGGUGCAGCUUGGGAAGAUGCGUUUCUGGAUGCUGUCGGUGUAGUAGAAGAUACAGGACGAUUUAAACAUAUCUCGAUAGCGCGAUUCGCGUCUCGAACAUUAGAUCAUGAACUUGAGAAGAACACGAGAACUGUCAUACCAUUCUUUAGCUCCACAUUUAUCCUUAUGGGGAUAUUUUCAAUAGUGACGUGUAUGAUGGGAGACUGGGUCAGAUCCAAACCCUGGCUGGGUUUACUUGGAAAUAUAUCAGCCGUGAUGGCAACGAUCGCUGCUUUCGGUUGUGCCAUUUAUUUAGGCAUUUCUUUCAUCGGUAUAAACCUUGCCGCACCGUUCUUAAUGAUUGGAAUCGGUAUUGAUGACACGUUCGUGAUGUUGGCUGCCUGGCGGCGCACGUCCCCCCGUCUUCCCGUGCCGGAGCGGAUGGCGAUCAUGCUGUCAGAAGCUGCCGUCUCCAUCACUAUCACCUCGGUCACUGAUAUGCUGUCCUUCUUCAUAGGCAUCUUUUCACCAUUCCCCUCCGUUCAAAUAUUUUGCAUGUAUUCAGGUCUUGCGGUUUGUUUUACGUUUGUAUGGCACCUAACAUUUUUCGCCGGAUGCGUGGCCGUGUCCGGAUACAGGGAGAAAAACAAUCGUCACACUAUUACGUGGUUGAAAGUAUUGCCGGAAUCUAGAGCUAGGAAAGAAGAGAAAUCAUGGUUAUAUAGAAUUUUCUGCAGUGGUGGCAUCGAUCAGGCUGAUCCAGACAACCCGAUAGACAACAAAGAACAUUGCAUUAUGGCCUUCUUCCGCACUACUAUGGCGAAUUUGCUCAAUAAUAGCUUCGUGAAAGCUUUAGUCAUACUUAUAUUCCUAGGAUACUUAGCUGGCGCCGGAUAUGGAGUGACGAAUCUAAAAGAAGGUUUAGAAAGAAGGAAGCUGUCAAAAGUUGAUUCUUAUUCUGUGGAAUUUUUUGACCGAGAGGAUUUAUAUUACAGGGAAUUUCCCUAUCGAAUUCAGGUUGUUAUAAGCGGUAAAUACAAUUACUCCGAUCCUAAAAUCCAGGAUGAAGUUGAGAUUUUGACACAGAGAUUAGAAAAUACUUCAUACAUAUCGAAUUCUUUGUAUACCGAAUCCUGGUUGCGGACUUUCGUGAAUUAUGUUGAGAGAAACAACGAUUAUCUCAACAUAUCAAUCGAUUCUGAGGAAGACUUUAUUAAGAAUCUUAAAGAGUUGUGGCUGUUUUCGGCAAAUCCAUUUUCGCUCGACGUGAAAUUCAAUAAGGAGGGAGACCAAAUUCUUGCAUCUAGAUUUCUUAUUCAAGCUAUUAAUAUUAGUGGAACUAACCACGAAAAGGAAAUGGUUAAAGCUCUUAGAGAAGUCGUUGCCCAAUCUCCACUCAACGCUACCGUAUUUCACCCUUAUUUCGUGUUUUUCGAUCAGUUCGAGCUCGUGAGACCUACAUCUUUGCAAAACCUGUGCUAUGGAGCUUUGAUGAUGAUGAUAACUUCCUUUAUAUUCAUACCCAAUAUACUGUGCUCAUUGUGGGUGGCUUUCAGUAUAAUAUCCAUAGAAAUUGGAGUAGUCGGUUAUAUGGCCCUGUGGGAUAUUAAUCUGGACUCAAUAUCAAUGAUAAACCUCAUAAUGUGCAUUGGCUUCUCAGUUGACUUCACUGCACACAUUUGUUAUGCUUAUAUGGCGUCCAAAGCUAAGUAUCCCAGAGAAAGGGUGAGCGAAUGUCUCUACUCGUUAGGAUUGCCUAUUGUUCAAGGAUCAUUCAGCACGAUAUUAGGAGUUGUUGCAUUACUACUCGCAGAUAGUUAUAUCUUCUCGGUAUUCUUUAAAAUGGUAUUCAUGGUCAUUUUCUUCGGUGCCAUGCAUGGUUUAUUCCUCCUACCAGUUCUUUUGUCCCUCUUUGGUCCAGGGUCGUGUACAAGGGAAACGAAAGAGAUAAAAAUAGCAAAAGUGGACAAGAUUUUCCCUAAUCCGUAUUGCUUACCGCAUCCUCAAUUGGUUCUGAAUGAUCAAAUUUAUAAUGGGAAGAAUAUAAAUCCAAACGGUAUUUACAAAAUAUAUGGAGACGACAAGGAUCUUGGAAUUGGCACGUCCGGUGAAGAUACUAGUGAGAGCAGUUCGAAUCAAUCACAAAGACGUCAAAUUAGCAGCGACGAAAAUAGCAGAAAGAAUUACGAAGACGGAUGGAAGAAAUUCGGCUAUCAUCAGAGCACAAGUCAAUUUCAACCGUCAGGGGAGCUGGAUUUGUAUGAGCACGAUCAUGAUAGGGCUUGGCAAAGACAACGCAACUAUCGCAGUCAAGAUAGUUACAAAAGACCAAGCCACAGAGAUGGAGAUUUUAUAAGAACCAGAAAAACUAGCGAUGCCGUUCCAGCCAAUGAAGGAACAUACAAGGUGAUGAGAACCCACUCCCAUCACAACCUUCACAGGCCUCGAGCUCCCAGACGAACAAACUCAACCCAGAAUCUCGAGCACAUUAACUACGUCGGAGAAAUGCGUUUUCCUUGACAUUAACCUAAUGACCUCUAACAAAAAUUUCAAUCAAGUGCUCAAUGUCGGACCAAAGUAUUAAUCCCUGUGGGUUUCGUGUAAGAACUUUUAAGUGUGGUGUAAUGAAUGAUUCAGACCGUUAGUAAGUCAAUAUAGGAUAGAUAAUAAGCGUCUCAUAUGAUUUUAUAACGCGCUUUAGGUUAAACAUAAAGGAAUUCUGGAGCAAGGAUUGAACAUAGUACACGUAUACUAGUUAACAAACAAUCAACCGUCUAAAUUAUUUCACUUUUACAAGUGGCUUUAUAUUUUGUUGCAAAAAAAAAAUAAAUAAAAAUAAAUAAACACAAUAAAUUUUAUAAUAAUUUAUUUAAACUUACAAGUUCCUAAGGUGUAUGUGAAUAACGCUAUUUCAGUCCUUGCUUAAACUAUCAUUAACGUUACAUAUCUAACCUGGCAGAAUAAAAAGGGUUAGAGCUAAUUAAACUUAUUUAAAAAAAAAAAAA